AUGUCUUAUGGAUUCAAGGAGGACAGAUCGACUUCAAAGUUCUACUCUGGAUUGUCACUUUCUCCGAUUAGCCCGGAGAAAAAGGAAUGCAGAUCAGCGGUGCCUGGGUCAUGUCAAAUGCUGCAGCUGGUCCAAUCUUUGGGUCACUCCUACAAGAGAAUGCCCGUGACGCACAUGACCCAGAUCAUUGACUCGCCAGUUCGUGAGGAACAGCAUGCUGCUUCAGAACCCUGCCACACACACUCCAAAAGGAGAAUGACAGCAAGACGCUCAACGUGCCCUGGUCGGCCCAUGUCAUUUUUAGCAAAGGGGGAGAGGGGGAAGAAAGGCGGGGAGAAAUCUCAUCUUCACACUUUCCCUUUUAGGGAUACACCAAGCAAGCUUCGGACAAUUGCAGGAAGACAUUUGCUAUUAUUCGAACACUGGAAAAUCGCCAGCUUAUCUGUUGAUCCCGGGAAUACAUAUAUCCAAGGAGAAUGCACGUUUAGACAUGUCAAUUUUUACUUGACUCAGACAUAUCUUGGCAGUCAUAGGGUCCAAGGCGUGGGAUGCCAUGCGGCACAUAUGAUUCGGAUGAGCUUGGAAGCUGUUGCCAACCAACGUUCAGCGACGCUUAGGCCCUCAGAACCAGCCGACAUGGAUAUUUUCAAAGCCCGAUUAGCUUAA